AUGAAAAUAGAGGAACUAAUUAUUGAUGGUUUCAAAUUAUAUGCAACUCAUACCCAUAUUACUGGCUGGGAUCCUGAAUUUAAUGCCAUUACAGAUCUUAACAGUUCAGGACAAUCAAAUAUAUUGGACGCAUUUGUUUUGUCUUGGGGCUCACAAACUUGUCAAAG